UUAUCAUCUACUUACAACUCAACUUCAACACGCUGCAACGUGCUAUAUAUAUUCGGAUAAGUCAAUACAACAAUCUUAACUAAACAAAGCACCACCACCUCUCCUCAAUUAAUGGAAUCUACGCCGUCCGCCCUCCACACCCAGCUCCAGUUUAUUCUCCAAAGCCAGACUGAGCGCUGGGACUACGCCAUCUUCUGGAAGUCAUGGAGAGGCGUCGACGGCGGCGGCCGCCCCGUGCUGUCGUGGGGCUCCGGCUACUUCCACGGCGACACCGUCACAGUACCUACAAACACCAAACCCGACCCCUCCGAAUCCGAGUGGUUCUACAUGGCCUCCAUCACCAGAUCAUUCGCGGCCGCCGACGACCUCGUUUUCCGAGCUCUCGCCACGGCCUCGAAUGUCUGGUUGGUCGGACCCCAACAACUUAACCUCUGCGGCUCCGAAAGGGCUAAAGAAGCUCUCUUACAUGGACUCACAACUCUGGCUUUCAUACCAACUCCUCAUGGCGUCGUUGAAUUAGGCUCCUCUGAUUUGAUCAAAGAGAACUGGAGCCUCAUCAAACUCGUUACCAAUUCUUUUCAUCCUCAAAUCCAAGACCAGAACAGAGUUCUGUCUAAGACCUCGUCGGGGUCGCCUGAAUCAUCCGAUUCACGCGACAUCCCUCCACCAAGAACUGAAAUUCAGUUGGUGGAUGGAUGGCGUGAUUCAGAUGAUUCCUCUCCGCCAAGAAAAAAGGCGAGGGCUGAGAAGAUUCCUCGGAAUCAUCUGGUGGCGGAGAGGAAGCGCAGGGAGAUGCUCAACCAACGAUUCUACGCUCUGAGAAGCGUCGUCCCCAACGUGUCGAAGAUGGACAAAGCCUCUCUGCUAGCCGACGCCGUCACCUAUAUCAACCAGCUCAAAUCCUCACUCACCGCCUUAGAAGCCAAAUGCGCGCGUUUCCUCAAAAUGUACAACGUUAGAAGCACAUCCGCAGCCAAGACCUCCCACGCCCACAAGCUGGAGAUCGAGGUCAAGAUUCUAGGAUCGGAGGCGUUGAUCCGAGUCCAAUCCGACGACGUUGAUCACCCUUGCGCCAGAGUGAUGAACGUGCUCAGAGAUCUGGAUUUGGAAGUGAGUCGAGCUAGCUCGUCGGCGAUCGGAAAGAUUAUGUUCCAAGAAAUUGUUAUUAGAGCUAGUGAUGGUUUGUGUAGUGAGGAAGCUGUCAAGACAGCUAUAGUUGGGAGAUUGGAGCUUAUGACUCUGUCCCCAAUUUCAUAAAUAUCUACUUGUUAAGAGAUUCUACAUUUGUGACGUCACAUUUUUCAUCCAAU